UAUGCGCCAAUGCCCCAGUGACCGCGGGACACGGAGAGGGGAAGUCUGCGUUGUACAUAAGGACCUAGGGACUCCAAGCUUGGCCUGACAACCCUUGGACGCCGAGUGCUUCCCUUAUGGGCUGCGCUCCUCAACUCUGCUCCAAAGCAGCCACUGAGCUCAACUCCUGCGUCCAGGGCGGUUCGCUGCGCGCCAGGACGCGCUUAGUACCCAGUUCCUGGGCUCUCUCUUCAGCAGCUACUUUGAAAGCUCCCACGGACGUCCCGCAGGCUAGCCUGGGAACAAAACCGGGGUAAACCGUCCCCAGAACGUGACCUAGAGGUACCUACGCAUGCAGAUGGCCGAUGCAGCCGCGAUAGCCACCAUGAAUAAGGCAGCAGGUGGGGACAAGCUAGCAGAACUCUUCAGUCUGGUCCCGGACCUUCUGGAGGCGGCCAACACGAGUGGUAAUGCGUCGCUGCAGCUUCCGGACUUGUGGUGGGAGCUGGGGCUGGAGUUGCCGGACGGCGCGCCGCCAGGACAUCCUCCGGGCAGCGGCGGGGCAGAGAGCGUGGACACCGAAUCCCGGGUGCGGAUUCUUAUCAGCGUGGUGUACUGGGUGGUGUGCGCCCUGGGGUUGGCGGGCAACCUGCUGGUGCUCUACCUGAUGAAGAACAUGCAGGGCUGGCGCAAGUCCUCUAUCAACCUUUUCGUCACCAACCUGGCACUGACGGACUUUCAGUUUGUGCUCACCCUGCCCUUCUGGGCGGUGGAGAACGCUCUUGACUUCAAAUGGCCCUUCGGCAAGGCCAUGUGUAAGAUCGUGUCCAUGGUAACUUCCAUGAACAUGUACGCCAGCGUCUUCUUCCUCACUGCCAUGAGUGCAACACGCUACCACUCGGUGGCCUCGGCUCUGAAGAGCCACCGGACGCGAAGACACGACCAGGGCGACUGCUGUGGCUGGAGCCUGGGGGACAGCUGCUGCUUCUCGGCCAAGGCGCUGUGUGUGUGCAUCUGGGCUUUGGCAGCCCUGUCCUCGCUGCCCAAUGCCAUUUUCUCCACCACUGUCAAGGUGAUGGGCGAGGAGCUGUGCCUGGUGCGCUUCCCGGACAAGUUGCUGGGCCGCGACAGGCAGUUCUGGCUGGGCCUCUACCACUUGCAGAAGGUGCUGUUGGGCUUCGUGCUGCCGCUGGGCAUCAUUAGCUUGUGCUACCUGCUGCUGGUGCGCUUCAUCUCCGACCGCCGCGUGGCAGGGCCCGAAGGAGGGGAUGCGGUAGCCAGAGGAGGCCCGGUCGGAGCCAGCGCCCGGAGACUGUCGAAGGUGACCAAAUCAGUGACCAUCGUUGUCUUGUCCUUCUUCUUGUGUUGGCUGCCCAACCAGGCGCUCACCACCUGGAGCAUCCUCAUCAAGUUCAAUGCAGUGCCCUUCAGCCAGGAGUAUUUCCUGUGCCAGGUAUACGCGUUCCCUGUGAGCGUGUGCCUGGCGCACUCUAACAGCUGCCUCAACCCCAUCCUCUACUGCCUCGUGCGCCGCGAGUUCCGCAAGGCGCUCAAGAGCCUGCUGUGGCGCAUCGCGUCUCCUUCGCUCACCAGCAUGCGCCCCUUCACCGCCACUACCAAGCCGGAGCCCGAGGAUCAGAGGCUGCAGGCCCUGGCGCCGCUCCGCGCGGCCGCGGAGCCGGACCUGCUCUACUACCCACCUGGCGUCGUGGUCUACAGCAGGGGGCGCUACGACCUGCUGCCCAGCAGCUCUGCCUACUGACGCGGGCCUCAGGCCCAGGGCACGCCGUCGGGGGCAAGGUGGCCUUCCCUGGGCGGUGAAGGAGGCGAAUGGAUUAAGGAGGGUUUGGGGCAGAGUCGAGGGUGGGGGGAGGGGGAGCAUUUAAGAAGUAGGUGGGAGGAGGAUGGAUAGAGCAUGGAGGAGGAGCCUGUGGAUAGGCCGGAGGACCUUCUCUGGAGAGGGGAUGCUUCGAAACCAGGUGGAGAGAGGAAGCUGGCAAAGGGGCAGAGAUGAGCCCCACGGGCCAUACCGCCAACCUCCGCUUCGCACCCACAGCCUCUCCUUACUCUUCCCACGCUGGGCAGUGUGAAGGCGCCCAGAAGCGGAGAGAAGCAGCAAAAAUGUAAAGAAAUUGGCACAGGGAGCGGGGCUUAGCCAAAUGAUGCGCAGACAAUUGUGCCCGUUUAUUCCUGCGACUUCUGCGGAGAGUGCAGCCGCCGCCACAAACUCUCCUUUGCGCCUUGGCUAACGAGACUGCAGCAGCACCAAGGACCUACUUGCUGCGGGGCUGCCCCAGGAAUCUAGAGCUGGGAGGCAAGAAACGUUUUUGGAGUUAAGAAAGAGAACUGACCAUCCUGAUCUGUCCCCAGGAGAAACGGCAAAGGAAAGCCACUUCCCAUGGAGUCAUUAUGACGAUUAUCAUUCCGGACUGAGCCAGCGGGAACACGCUGAGCCGGACCUAGCUGCACAGCCCCGGAGCUCAGACGUUAGCAGGGGGAUAACACCUGUCCCCUGCUUGGGAGAGCGAUUCUCUGGGGAGUGGCG